CAGUGUCCCCCAUGUCGGACGGCCCCUGGGUGUGCAGCUGGAGGCCCCACCGCCCGCGGGGCCCCAUCGCCGCCCUCUACACGAGCCCCGGCCCCAAGUACGGGCUCCCGAGCGGCGUCGGUUUCCGCGAGCACGACCGGUCCCGGGAGCGCCCCGCGCUCAGCUGCGGGCUGCGGGUGCAGGCGCGGCCGCAGGAGCGCUCCCGGCCCCGGUACCCGCUGCCGCCGGGCCCCCGCCUGCUCCAUCGGCAGCGCCCGCGGGAGCCGCGGCCCUUCAGCAGCCCCGGCCCAGCCCGGUACUGGCCGGAGCGCGCCGGGAGGGUCGCGUUCCCCACGGCCCCCGCCUGCUCCCUGAGCUCCCGCACCCGGCACGGGGCCGAGCAGCAGACACCGGGUGAGAGCGGCACCGUCAGCGGGG